AAAGUAUAUAAAUUUCACAUGCAUUACUCUGCGUGUGUUCGAAAAUUAAAAAAAAAAUUGUAAAAACCCAGGAAUGCAAAGUAAAAUAAAAUUAUAAAAAAUUUUUUUAUCAAAAAAAAAAAAUACUCCAAUAUCUUCAAAUUUUUCAACGCACGCACGCGUCAUAGUAUUUUUCUGUUGUCUAUUUAUCAUUUACUUGGUUGAUUACCGUUUCGCUAAAAAUAAAAGUAACCGGGUAUUUUUUAUCCGGUCAUCAAAUUAAUAAACUAAAUAAUAAUAAUAGAGUAACAAUGGCAAGCACAUUUAGACGUAUCUCAAAAAUAAACUUUGGCAUUUUAAAUAAAGUAAUCAAACAACAAUUAAUUUACAAUGGAAACCGCACAUUGUAUGAUGAGUCGAGUUUGGGUUUGGACAAUUAUAAAUCAAUACGAAACAUCGUUUCUGAAAAAUAUAAAGUAGGUAUUGAUGCAUUUAAAGCAAAAAUGCAGGAGAGUAUCGCUGAUGAGAAAGCAAUGAUAUUUACUGAGGAUUUAAAAGCAGUAUUACAUCUCACUGAAAAAAAACCCGAUGACAUUGAUCUACUUGUCAAAAUGCUAGAUAAAUAUAACAGCCAAAAUGCUGAAAUGCGAUUUGGGACAUUCAAAUUUGGGCCUAUCGUAAUGAGAGCACUUCAUUACAUGAAUGAACCUGAGGUCGCAUUAGAUUUAUUUAUGAACAGCAAAUAUGACGAGUUUUUCAAUCAACUUUCAAGUUUUUUGGUUUUGUUAGAUUUGUUGUAUGAGAAUAAAAAGUAUAAGGAAGUACUCAAUGCUUAUGAUAAAAUAAAACUUAAAUUCGUCAGUGGUAUCAGUCAUCCAAAGUUAGUUAUUAAUCUCGUAGCUCUCUCAUGUUACAAAGAGAAUACUAAAGAAAGUUUAGAGUAUGGUUUGGAAAUCUGUAAGGAUUUACAUGAUCGAGGAAGUAUACCUUUGAGAAAAUGUAUUGCUGCAUUAGGUGGUCUAGCUCUUAAUUUAAAAAUGCCACAUGUUACUUUGGAACUUGUCUCAUUAAGCAAAACAUCUGAAUAUAUAUCAAUUAGAUGUCUCAGGAUUAUGGCAUUGGCUGACUUGGAUCGAACUGAUGAUAUUGUUAUCGAAAUAAAGGCUAUUCUUAAACGAGGACCUCCUGAAAGGAAUCAGUUUUACUCUGACGUUAUUACCAGAAUUGAAGAAACUAUUAAACGUUUAAAUAUUGGCGAAGAUGAAGAAAUAUGCCAAUUAAUUAAAAUUUUACAGUCUCAAGGAUACGUUUUAUCUAUGACAUUUGAUGAACAUAUUUCGCUACCAAUGAAAACGAUAACUAAAGAAAAUCAACCGCUGCCCAGCAGACACCAGAGUUCAAGUUGGAGUGAUUCUCCCAGAGAUAAUAAUUAUGAAAGACAAAAUAAUUCAAAUUAUUAUUCACACGGAAGAAUGGCUGAAUAAUUUUAUACAAUAAAAAAAACAAUUUUUUCUUUUUAUAAUGUAUAAAUAUUGUUUAUGUAGUUUAUUCUUAUUGAAAUAAUAAAAUGUUUCGACGACAUAAAAU